GUCCAAGAUUCCUAUGAAAGAUGCGACAUAUGCCUUCCAGCGCGAUGUCUACGCCGACUUGGAGUUUACCAACGAUGUCGGCUACUUGCCGGACGGAACCCCGCUUAACAAAGCGGGCAACGCUAUCAACCACCCGGAGACGAUUGCCGCGGACAAGCACAUCGCUGGAUCCCCACUUCCUCGCGCGAAGUUUGUGAAUUCCGUUGGGUACCUCCCCGAUGGAACGCCGCUCAAUGCGGCUGGCAAUGCCAUCAACCACCCUGAGACCAUGCAGCCGGACCCUCAUGUUGCUGGCUCUCCCUUGCCGCCUUCCUCCUACCUCGCGGACAUUGGCUACCUGGCUGACGGCACGCCCCUGGCCACUGCGGGUAACAACUCCGUGAAGGGCGCUCCGGCAACACCACCACCUGCAGCUGCGGCUGCUUUCGUGGGCUCGAGCGUUCCUUCCCCACCGCCCAUGGCCGCGUCCGCUCCGCCACCGACGGCAGCACCAACCAGCCAAGGAACAGCCAUGUAUGGCCGCAAGUUUGAGUACAGCUUCCAGAAGGAUGCCUACGCGGAGCUGGAGUUCUGCAACGAUGUGGGUUACCUGCCAGACGGCACUCCGCUGAACCGCGCAGGAAAUGCCAUCAACCACCCGGAGAACAUUGGCCCUGACCGCCAUGCUCCAGGAUCUCCAUUGCCCCGUGCCAACUUCGUAAAUGCGGUUGGCUACCUUCCGGACGGCACGCCCCUGAACCGUGCGGGCAAUGCAAUCAAUCAUCCUGAGAGCAUCCAGCCUGACAUGCACACCCCGGGCUCACCUUUGCCAGCCUCCGUUUACGCCGCCGAUAUCGGCUACUUGGUGGAUGGAACCCCGUUGGACACUGCCGGCAACAACUCCGUAAAGGGUGCUCCAGCAACACCACCACCUGCAGCUGCGGCUGCUUUCGUUGGCUCGAGCGUUCCCUCUCCUCCACCCAUGGCUGCAACCCCUUCCCCACCUGCUGCAGCCCCUGCGGCCCAGGGUACGGCCAUGCAUGGCCGUAAGGGUGAUUACAGCUUCCAGAAGGACGCCUAUGCCGAUCAGGCGUUCUCCAAUGACGUGGGCUACUUGCCGGAUGGCACUCCGCUGAACCGAGCGGGGAAUGCCAUCAACCACCCAGAGAGCAUCGGACCGGACAGCCAUGCUCCAGGAUCUCCGUUGCCACGUGCUAACUUUGUGAACUCCAUCGGCUACCUUCCGGAUGGAACGCCCCUGAACCGCGCUGGCAAUGCCAUCAACCAUCCGGAGAGCAUUCAACCCGACAUGCACACUCCGGGUUCGCCUCUGCCAACCUCCGUGUAUGCAGCUGAUGUGGGAUACCUCGUGGACGGCACACCUCUCGAAUACGCCGGAAACAAUUCUGUGAAGAUGGCUCCGCCCGCCGGUGCUGCCCCAACGCCGGCUGCAGCCCCUGCUGCAACUCCAAGCCAACCUGUGGUCGCCGCAGCUUUCGUGGGCUCCUCGGCAACAACGACGAAGAAUGUGAGGCACAGUGUGGGAUUCGCCUACACUUUCCAGCGAGACGCCUUUGCGGACUUGGAGUUCAGCAAUGACAUUGGCUACCUCCCCGACGGAACGCCAAUCAACCGCGCUG